AUGCUGAUCGCCUAUUCAGCAUCAACACCUCCCCACCUCGAACCGGAAGAGGUCUCGUUGGCGCUGUCGGAUAGCGCAACCGCCAUUGCUCAAGCUCGCAAUACGAUCGUGAUGUUGGGAGCGGGAGCGAGUACAAAGGCCGGAAUAGCGGUGCGUCUACUAGUUUUGUUCGAUUAAGAGGUGAUGUUCGGGAGUGCUGACUUUUUUCUUCUUCUUUUCAUACUGCAGGACUUUCGGAGUAAGGGAACAGGCUUGUAUUCCCGUCAGACUCACCAUUCAACGUCCGAAGCAGCGCACGCCCCUUUCAGCGACGAAGCCUCGUCCUCUCCCAGGUCCUCUCAAGCCAGUACAUCAAGCCAAUUUCGAACCUCGUCGCAAGACGAUCCCACCCCAACUCAACUCCGAUCCUUCUUCAGUUCCUCCUCCUUCCGCAAUCCUUCCACCCGCGUCCAAUCACUCGAAUUCUUCGCCUCCUUCAAAAACCAAGUCGAUCAAAGUCUUGCCUCAAGCCCCUCCUCGAGAGGCGUGACAAAUCUCCAUCGGUUUUUGGGCGAGUUGAAAGUGAUGCGCAAGCUGGGGAGGGUGUAUAGUCAGAAUAUCGAUGGCUUCGAAAGGAGCGGUGGGUUGAGCAACGUCGAGUUGGGAGCUGGGGGAGGGGUGGGAAGGGAGAGGGGGGAUACGGUGCAAUUGCAUGGCACAGUUCAAGACGCGAGAUGUAGUGAAUGCGACCACGAGGAAUGGUGUGGAGCUUGGGUCGUGCAAGAAUGGGCUAGUGGGGAGAAGGCCGAGUGUCCAAAGUGUCAAGCCCGAAGUGAGUUUUCGGAGUUUGCAAUCUUCACCGAGAGGCGCUGGACUGGACUGACUCCCACAACCCCUUAUCAUUUCAGUGCAAAGUCGCUCCAUCCUAGGCAAACGAACGAUCCGGUCCCGCUCCUAUCUCCGCCCCUCCAUAGUCCUUUACGACGAACUCAUCCCCCACUCGGAAACGAUUGUCCGUCUAGCGAAUCACGACAUCCUCCAAAUCGACUGUCUCCUCGUAUGCGGCAGCAGUCUUCGAAUCGAUGGAUUCGUCAAGAUGGCGAGAAGUUUUGCAGGUGCUGUGAGAGCGAGGGGUGGGAUGUGCGUUCUGGUCAAUCGGGAGAGGGUCGCGAGUUCUUGGGAGGUGUUUCAUUAUCAUGGUCAGUCUCCGCGGAACUUGGGGUCGCCGGAAAUGUGAACCUGUACUUAUGGUUUUGGUCAUGUCAUUCUUCGGUUCUGGUUGUAGUCAUGGCGGAUUGUGAUGAGUUUGUGAACAGGAUCAGGACGGAGUGGAGAGCUGCGGAUCCGCAAGCUUGGAGAGGGGUCAAGAAACGACAGAGGGCGUUCAUCCGCUCGGUUAUGCCGAUGACUUCGAUGGUUACGAAAGGAGAGCAGAAUAUUGCUACCCAUUCUGUCGCCGACUUCGAACACCAGGGUCGGAUACCGUCGGCGCACACAAGGAAUUGCUCCGAAACGCGAUCGGAUCUCGGCGAGCGUUCGUGCGAAAUUCCCACACGUCCAACGAAGAAGACACGAAGAACAGGUAUUUACAGAACGAUCUCAGCUAGGGACGAGAUCCGAGAUGAAAUUGAUAUGAGGGAAGCUCGUGAGAUUGUUUUGAUGGCGGAGACGAUCCUGAAGAAGCACGCACGGAGGAAAAGGACGGAAGAAUCUUCUGCUGGCGGACGAGGUGGUCGAAGAGGCGGCCGGUCGAGUGGUAUUCGGUGCUAGUGGGGUGCUCACUCUGUUUUUGUUCUGUCUUAGUCAUCUUGUUGCUAUCAUAGGAGGAUAUGAAACCGGACUGGUGAUAUGUCGGCUGGGUGUAUGCACCCUCACUUUGGCUUCCUUUUCAUUCAACGUUCAACAACUGCGAGGCGCGCUCCUCGUCGCUGCGCGCUUUUGCUCUGGACCUCCUCGUGCCCUUACGACGCGCUUUCCCCCCGACGUACCACCCACCCACCCACCCGAUCGGUGGUGUCUUGACAUUAGAACUCCUUGAUUCGCCCCGGAACAGCUCGAGCAAGAUGGCGGAACUGGAGCAGCUCGCGCAGAUGCUCACGUCGACGUUGGACUCGUCCGCGGCGACACGUCGGCAGGCCGAACGCAACCUGUUGCAGAUCCAGACGCACCCUUCGUUCGGGGUGUGGAUCUUGCAGUUGGCUCAGGACGGGAAUCGCAACAAGACGAUCCGACAGAGUGCGGCGCUCAACUUCAAGAAUUGGAUCAAGGCCAAUUGGGCGGUGCGUUCGCCGAGUUGCGCGUGCACAGCGGCUGCUUGACGGACGCAGACUGACACUUGACACUAGGAAACUGCAGCUCGAGGAAGCCCCGACACCGUUGACGAGCUCGACUGCCGAGGGGCUGAAGCAGUCGGUCGUGGCGAUCAUGAUCUCGCUCGCCAACGCGCCUGCUUUGCAGGUCCAGAUCGGCGAAGCGAUCGCCAUCAUGGCCGAAGCCGACUUCCCUGACCGCUGGGAGAAUCUGAUCGAUGUCAGUUUUAGACGAGCAAAGGCUGGGAAUGACCCCGGGAGAGGAGUGGACGCCUCGUGCUGACCGGCCGCGAGCGCUCGUCUUGCCUUUGCACGGGCAGCAACUCGUACAAUCGCUCACACCCAACGACUUUGUCGUCAAUAACGCCGUCUUGCAAACCGCUCAUUCCAUAUUCCGAAGGUGAGCUGAUUCGCUCUCGAUAUGCAGAGGCGCUUCUUUGGACGCUGACAGCCUCACCCCCACCUCCCGCCAUGCGACGCGACUACGCAAAUAGGUGGCGAUCCGAGUUUAGGACCGACAUCCUCUUCCUCGAGAUCAAGUUCGUACUCGAUCGAUUCUGUGCUCCCUACCAGCAGCUCUUCCAGGUGGGUGAUGCACUCGUCUAUCUGUCCGACCCAUGGCUCGCGCUGACCUCGGUCAAACGAAUCUUCUCGUAACCCGAAUCCCACGCAGCAAACGGACGCCUUGCUCUCGUCGCCGACCCUCACAGCGGACCAGCACGCUCUCUUGCUCAAGACAAUCCUACUUCUGCUUCAAAUCUACCACGACCUCAACUCGCAGGACCUGCCCGAAUUCUUCGAGGACCGACUUGGCGACUUCAUGACGCUCUUGCUCAAGUACCUCGACUACUCCCCACCUGCGGCACUGCAGACACCCGAUACGGAUGACGAUGAUGAGGAAGCAGCGGGAGAUAUGGAGAACAUCAAGGCCGAGGUGUGCGAGAUUGCCCAGUUGUACUCGUUGAGGUAUCUCGAUGCUUUCGGCGAGGGUGGCUAUCUCGGCCCGUUCGUCCAAAAGACGUGGGAGUUGUUGACCAAGUUGGGCUUGGCGGUCAAGUAUGAUGGGGUCAGUUCAUGUGCCAGACCAGAUUGCGUAGUGUUGCAUCAGACUGACCCAUUGCGUGUCGUGUUCAUCAGCUUGUCUCAAAAGCCACCGGAUUCCUUGGCGUUGUGGCCAAAAUGCCGUCCCAACGAGCCCUUUUCGACGGCGAGGGCACAUUCCCUUCCAUUUGUGAAAAGAUCUUGUUGCCCAACAUGACUUUGCGGACGUUCGAAGAGGAAAUGUUCGAGGACGAUGCUCCUGAGUAUGUCAGGAGGGAUCUCGAGAGUGCCAGUACGUUCACGCUCGGUCAUAGAUCAUGUGAUGAGACCAGAACUGACCCCUGAGCACUGCGAUUAACAGGCAGCGAAACGAGGAGGCAGGCCGCGUCGGAUUUCACCAAGGCGUUGAUGGAGCAAUUCGAGAGCCAAGUCACGAAGCUUUUGCUGCAAUACGUCGGCGCAUACCUCUCGGUAUGUGCAUUGGCCGCCAUGACCGGUUAAAUGAUCUGAAAGGCUGACACGCAGUCUUUGGCCCGUUUAGCAAUACGAGGCGAACCCGGCCACCAACUGGAAGAGCAAAGACACGGCCAUUUUCUUGCUCACCUCGAUCGCCUCGCGGGGUUCGACAGCCCAGCACGGUGUCACUUCGACGAACGCGCUUGUCGAUGUCGUCGACUGGUUCUCCAAGCACGUCCUCGGCGAUCUGCAAGCCGCUCCCGGUUCGAUCCACCCCAUCAUCCUCUCUGACGCCAUCAAAUUUAUCUACACGUUCCGCAACCAACUCACAAAAGAGCAACUGCUCGCCGUGCUCCCUUUGCUCGUCCCUCACAUCGAGCACCCUUCUUUCGUUAUUCACACCUACGCCUCGAUCACGAUCGAGCGCAUUUUGUUCAUCAAGCAGAACGGCGCGUUCCUCUGUGGCCAGGCCGAUAUUCGACCUUACUCGGAGAACAUCCUCAACGCCUUGUUCAAGGUCAUUCUCAGAGGCGAAACGCCGCAGUUGAUCGCUGCGAACGACCACCUCAUGAAAUGUGAGUCGCUAACACGAAAUCAUAGCUUGUCGGCCAUGAGCUGAAGGAGUUUUUCGAUGCCACAGCGGUCAUGCGAGUCAUCAUCACCUCACGACAGGCGCUGACCCCGAUCUACGUCACUGUUCUGCGGAACCUCACCGGCAUCCUCGGCGAAAUUUCCAAAAAUCCGAGCAACCCGAAAUUCAACCACUUUACCUUCGAGUCCAUCUCGGCGCUCGCACGCUUCGUCACCGCUGGCACCCCUUCGACCCUACCUGAAUUCGAAAGCGCCCUCUUUCCGCCGUUCCAGGUCAUCCUGCAGAACGACAUAUCCGAAUUCACGCCUUUCGUCUUCCAAAUCUUGUCGCAGUUGCUCGAGCUGCAUGCCGAAGGCGACUUCCCUGAGGCGUACCGCGUGCUCUUGCCGCCGAUGCUCACCCCGGCAUUGUGGGAAUCCAAAGGCAACGUUCCCGCGCUCGUGCGACUGCUGCGCGCCUUCCUCGCUCGCGGAGCACCCUCUAUCGUCGAAGCGAACCAACUGCCGCCGAUGCUCGGUAUCUUCCAGCACCUCGUCGGAAGCAAGGCCAACGACGCGUACGGCUUCGAGUUGCUCGAAUCGAUCGUCGAAUACGUGCCGCUCAACUCGAUCCGACAGUACAUGUCGAACCCUGUGUUCAUGCUCUUGCUGACGAGAUUACAGACUAGCAAGACGGAUAAAUUCUCGCAAGGGUUGUUGAGGUUCAUUUGCUUUAUGGCAGCGAUCAACAAGCCUGGAUUGGACGUCGAUGGGGUCGUCCGGAUGCUCGAUGGGGUGCAACCCCAACCAGGGUAGGUAGACGUGAGAAUACAUCCUGGCGAAAUCGCAGUGUACUGAUGAUAUCGGCCGUUCCCCUCAGUCUCUUCGGCCAAGUGCUCCCCGUGCUCUUUCCUGAGGUGCAAAAAGCGCCAGAACAAAACCGCAAGGUCAUCGCCGUCGGCCUCGUCAACAUCCUGACCCACUCGUUGAUCAUGGUUGAAGAGCCCCACGUGCGCGCAUGGUCCCCUACGCUUGAAGCUUUACUCAAGCUCUUCCUCCUCCCUGCGACGCUUUCCAAGAACGUCUCCGCCGACGCCGACGAGAUCGAAGUUGCCGAUCUCGAAGAAACGGGCUACCAAGCCUCAUUCUCCAAACUCGGUGCAUCGGAAAGGGUCCGACCCGACCCCGUCGCCCACGUCGCUGAUCCGAGGGCCCACUUGGCGCGUCAGUUGAGCGAGUUAAGUCAGGCCAAACCGGGUCAGAUCCGUCCUCUCGUCGAGGCGGUCGACCCCGAGUUUGCGCAGCCGUUUUUGGCUUACUUGAGCUCAAACGGGUUCGAGUUGAGGUAG